UAUUCUCUGAGAAGAUGCCUUACGUAAUCUGUGAGCUGCCCAAUAAUCAAGUCUGUACGAAUUGUUUUUGUUUUCUUAUAUGAGAUACCGGCUAGAAGAUAAAGUUGGGUUUGUUUUAAAAACAUUUUACAUCUUGACUUUAAGUUUAGUUUAGUUUAAAUCUUCACAUCACAAAGACCACAGCUAUUGAGUGAUUUUACAUUGGAAUUAAUUUUUAUUUUUAAAAACAAGUCAAACUGAAUUGAAAAAUGCAGCGGAUUUCACCGCUAAUAGUUUCCAUUGGUGUUCUAUCGGUAUUGAUUGGUUGUGUCAGUUGCGCUGGCUUUUAUACAAUUGUUGCACCCGAAAACAUUCGUUCGCAUUUGGAUUAUCAUGUUUCGUUAACGCUUCAUGAGCACACUGAACCGGCCACAUUCCGCUUGAGCAUUCAAGAUGGCUUAAAAUAUAAAAAUGAAAAAGAGAUCACGGUCAAUUCAAAUAAAACAGAACUGGUGACAUUGCGGAUCGGUGAUUUGGACUCAUCAAAGGGCUAUAAAUUCGUGGCUGAGGGCAUCUCUAGUUUCAUUUUCAGAAAUGAAUCCACACUCAAAGUUGAAUUGAAAAAUGUAUCUAUUUUCAUCCAGACUGAUAAGGCCAUUUAUAAGCCAGGAGAAUCAAUUAAAUUCCGGGUUUUGGUUCUCGACAAUGAAUUGAAACCAGCUGCACUCACACCGGAAAGCCUGCUUAGCAUUCAUAUCACUGAUCCGGAGAAAAAUCGUAUCAAACAAUGGCUUAAGGUAACACCAAAACGUGGUGUUUUUACGAGUGAGAUUCAACUAUCUGAACUGCCUUUGUUGGGCUAUUGGAAAAUCAUAGCUCAAGUUGGAGAAGAGAUCAAUACCAAAGAUGUCCAGGUGGCUAAGUACGUGUUACCGAAGUUUGAUGUUUCAAUCGAUUCACCAAACGAUUAUUGGGCCGGAGAUGGAAAAGUUCGAGCUAUUAUUCGCUCUAAAUAUACGUAUGGCAAAUUGGUGAGAGGAGAAGCAAUCAUAUCACUUACACCAAGACGGCACUAUGGUUUUUGGUACAAUCGGGAAAAAAGUGAUAGCAUCUUGAAAACAAUACCAAUCGAUGGCAAAGGAACCGUUGAAUUUGAUUCGUUUAUACUCGCAUUUUCAGAGGACACCGAUAGACAUAUGUUUGAAUUAAAAGCCACCGUCGUAGAAGAACUGACUGGACGCAAUCAAACUGCAUCAAAAACUAUCACCAUCCAUAAAAACCGUUACAAAUUCAAUACGAUGGGGUUGAGUCGUGUUUUCACUCCAGGAUUACCAGUCACUUUUUCGCUGGGUGUGAGUCAUCAUGAUAAUUCACCAGUUCUGUUGAACGAAGAAACUAAAUGGAUUCAAAUUGGAAAAAUAGCUAAUCGACAUAGAACCGAUGAAGAUGGUGUCUACUACAAGUUUGAGUUGAAUAAAAAUGGCACUGCUGAUAUUAGAGUACCAACAAUGAGGAACGAAACGCACUUCGAUCUGCAGGUGAAAUAUUUAGAUGAAGAAAAACGUCUGGGCUACUUCUAUCCACGUACAACCGAUGAACCAUCCGAAUUGGAGGCGAAAGUAAUAUCAAAGCGUCCCACAUUGAAUCAAAACGUUCUCGUUGAAGUGCAGUCGAAACGCUUGCUUCAGAAUUUCACUUAUCAAGUGAUCGGCCGCGGGAAACUAAUUUAUGCUGAAACUGUUGCUGUUCCAAACCGCAACUAUCAUGUUUUCAAAUUCAAUGCCACCUUUGACAUCGCUCCAAAAGCAACAGUGAUCGUUUAUCGUUUUAAGGACAAUGAAAUUGUUGCCACCAAAACUGAACUAACGAUUAACGAUGAUUUGAACAAUUUCGUCAAACUUAAGCUAUCGACACCAGAGGCACAACCAGGCAAGGAUAUUAACAUUGACGUAAUUACUAAGCCCGAAUCAUACGUCGGUUUAGUAGGAGUCGAUCAAAGUGUGCUAUUACUAAAAAAUAACGAGGAUUUGAGCAAAGAACAAGCUUUCCGCGAAUUAGAAUACUAUCAACAUUCCAAACACUACACUGGAAAUGGUCCAUGGAGUGUUGAACCACACAACUAUAUAAAUGAUUAUUUCAGACCUUUUCAACAGAGUGGCACAAUUCUUUUCACUAAUGCUAAAAAAGACGAAUACCGGUACCAAUUAGUGAAUAGAGUGGUUUAUUAUGAUGAGCCAUUGAUUCAAGAAGAUGCUAUAGAUAUACGAUUUCAAGCCAUGCCAGCUGUAUCUAGUUAUCAACACCAAUAUGAGGCAGUUUCCUAUUCGCAAACAGCACCAGUCGAACCGCCAAGAGUUCGUACUGAGUUCCCCGAAACGUGGCUGUGGGAAGAUAUUGAUGUGAAUAAUCCAAAUGGAACUGUUACGCUGACGAGAAAGGUGCCAGACACAAUCACAUCAUGGGUCAUUAGCGCUUUCUCAGUUAAUGGAGCAAACGGACUUGGUUUGACGAAGAACCCGAAAACGUUGAAUGUCUUCCAGCCAUUCUUCGUGUCUCUGAAUCUUCCGUACUCAGUGAAGCGAGGUGAAGUGGUGGCAGUGCCGGUCGUCUUAUUCAACUAUUUGAACACGGAUCUCACCGCCGCUGUGGUGCUUGACAAUGAGAACGGUGACUUCGAGUUUGUGGACGAUGUCGAAGGCGACCAUUCAACAAGAGAACGAACAGUAUCAGUUGAAUCGAACUCUGGUGUCUCAUCAACAUUCCUCGUCAGAUUCACAUCGGUUGGACAGAUUCCACUGAAAGUGACGGCCACUUCGGCCGUUGCUGGCGAUGCAGUUGUCCGAAUCUUGCAAGUUGAUCCGGAAGGCAUUCCACAAUUCAUCAACAAAGCCGUGUUCGUUGACCUGCGAGAGGUGGACAAGUUCGAUGCUGUUCAAAACGUCGAUGUUCCCGAGAAUGCCGUGCCUGGUUCAUUGAAAAUCAAUGUAAACGCAAUUGGCGAUUUGCUCGGAGGAGCUAUCCAGAACUUGCAUCAGCUCAUUCGAUUGCCCACUGGCUGUGGAGAACAAAAUAUGCUGAACUUCGUUCCAAAUAUUGUCGUUUUGGACUAUUUGAAAGCUGCCGGCAAUCUCGAUCCGGCCAUCAAAGACAAAGCCAUCAAAUAUUUAUUGAGUGGAUACCAACGCGAGCUGACCUAUCGUCACAACAACGGUUCAUUUAGUGCAUUCGGAAAGAGCGAUAGAAAGGGUAGUACUUGGCUAACGGCAUUCGUUGUAAAGUCAUUCAAACAAGCAGAAGACUACAUCGACGUCGAUAGCAAAGUGAUCGACGAAGCCUUGGAAUUCCUCAGUGAUGUGCAAGCGGCCGAUGGUAGCUUCCCAGAAUUCGGAUAUGUAUUGAGCAAAGCCAUGCAAGGUGGAUCGAGCAAAGGAGUCGCUUUGACUGCAUACACAGCAAUUGCUUUCUUGAAAAAUAAGAAAUCGAAGGAUUGGAAAUACCAAGAGACAGUGAAUAGAGCAAUUAUUAACAUCGUAUCGAAUAUUGAAUAUAUCAACGACCCAUACUCACGAGCAAUCGUUGCAUAUGCACUGCAAUUGGCUGAUCAUCCAAUGAAAGAUGAAGUGUUGGAUAAUUUGGUUGACAAAUCGAUGAAUAAAGAUCAACACAAAUGGUGGACAACGUCGAAACCAGAUGAGCGACAGUCGAAAUCUCUUGAUGUCGAAGUCACUUCAUAUGGACUGCUGGCACUGGUUCACGCCAAACGAUCGGCCGAAGCUCUGCCAUAUUUCCGAUGGCUUUUGGCUCAACGAAAUGAAAGAGGCGGCUUUUUCGGUACGCAGGAUACGGUUGUAGGAUUAGAAUCUCUGGCUACCUACAGCCGAUUCUUAAAAUCUAAGGAUAAUGAUGUCCACUUGAAAAUUCACGCCGGCACAAUCGAAGAUCGUGUGUUGGAAGUAAAUGACGAAAACGGAUUGGUGUUCCAAUCGGUCGAUUUACCAUCAAAUACGUCAUCUGUUCAACUGUCUGCUUCUGGCCAUGGUUUCGCCUUAUUCCAAUUGUCAUACCGAUACAAUCUAAAGAACAGCGAUAUUUACUCCACAUUCACACUGAAACCAAAAGUACUCGAGACCACACGCGGCCACUUGAAUGUUGAAGUUUGCUCAAGAUUUAAUCCAAAAAGCGAAGAUGAAAAACAUUCGAAUAUGGUGAUUGUGGAGGUGACCAUGCCGAGUGGGUUCCUCAUUGAAAAGGAUCGAUUAGAUGAUCUGUUGAGAAAACCACACGUAAAAUUGGUGGAAACAAAGAGUGGCGAAACCGUUGCCGACAUUUACUUCGAUCAAAUGCCACCAAAUGAAGAAAUCUGUCUGAAUGUUCAAGGGUAUCGAUCGCACAAAGUGGCCGAAAACAAGCCGGUACCAGUGCGAAUCUAUGAUUACUACGACAGCUCUCGAAGCGCCAGAGAAUUCUAUGAAAUUCCAUUCAUUACAUCUUGUAAUAUCUGCGAAGGCGAUGAAUGUUCAAAAUCAUGUAAAAAAGAGUUAAAUUUGAGUAAAUAAAUUCAUUUUAUCUAUACAAUAUGUACCAAAAAACAAUCCGACUUUUGUUUGC